AUGUCUCGUCCGCCUCCGAGAGUGCCAGAGGCCGCGUACGGCAGUCAGCCUGUCGUCAACGACUCAUACUCUCCUCAACCAUCCCAACAACCUUAUUAUGACGACGAGACAUUGGAGUACCGUAGGCAGCACCAACACUACGCCGACUCUGAGGCCCGCGGCCAGUACCCACACCCCGAGGGGCAAUACGACCCAUACGUCGUCCGCUCACGGGAAUACACUGACACCGAGUCGGAGAAUGAUUAUUUACCUCCUAGAGGGACCUAUACGCCCUCUGCGGAGUCUCUUCCUUCGCCACGAUUCGGUCAGUCCGAAGCUUCGACGCCGACGUUCCUCGAUCCACAGAUAGUGGUUGUGGGCGAACCGUACCCCGCUUGGACUGCUGAGCGUCAAAUCCCCAUCUCCAAAGAAGAGGUAAAGGACAUUAUUCUCGAUUUGACGUUGAAAUUUGGGUUUCAACGCGAGUCCAUGCGCAAUGUUUUCGAUUUUUUGAUGCAACUUUUGGACAGUCGGGCCUCACGCAUGACGCCUACCCAGGCGCUCUUGACCUUACAUGCUGAUUACAUUGGCGGGCCCCAUGCAAACUACAGGAAAUGGUAUUUUGCGGCCCAACUUGAUCUCGAUGACGCUGUUGGUCAGUCCCAAAAUCCUGGGUUGCAACGGCUCAGGUCUGUGAGAGGGGGUGGCGGUCAGCGGCCUAGAACUGGAGGCAGUCGAAGCCUCGAAAACGCGCUAAACAAUUGGCGCCAGGUAAUGCUCAACAUGAGUGCCUAUGACCGCGUUCGGCAGAUCGCCCUCUGGCUGUUAUGUUGGGGCGAAGCUGCAAAUAUCCGGUUCAUGCCAGAGUGUUUGUGUUUCAUUUUCAAGUGCGCGGACGAUUAUUACCGCUCGCCGGAGUGUCAAAAUCGUAUCGAACCCAUGCCAGAGGGUCUCUAUCUGAGGACGGUCAUCAAACCAUUGUAUCAGUACCUGCGUGAUCAGGGUUAUGAAGUCCUGGAAGGAAAGUUCGUUCGACGAGAACGAGACCAUGAUCGCGUUGUGGGUUACGACGACGUCAAUCAGCUUUUUUGGUAUCCAGAAGGCAUUUCUCGUAUCACUCUAGUUGACAAAACUCGCCUUAUCGACGUAGCUCCUGCGCACCGUUUCAUGAAGUUUGAGAAAAUAAAUUGGAACAACGUCUUCUUCAAAACGUACUACGAGCGUCGGUCCACCAUACAACUUCUCGUCCACUUUAACCGCAUCUGGGUGAUCCACAUCGCACUGUUCUGGUUCUAUACGGCCUAUAAUUCGCCGAAAGUUUACCAACGAGGUGAUGGUAGUGCACCUACGCCUGCCAUUCGCUGGUCUGUCACUGCACUUGGCGGAGCCGUAGCCACCUUGAUUAUGAUUUUCGUUACGAUCGCCGAAUUCUUCAUCGUUCCCACUACCUGGAACAACAGUUCCCAUCUUACUCGUCGCCUCCUUUUCCUUCUCAUCACGCUCGGACUAACUGCAGGUCCAUCGAUAUACAUUCUUUUCUACAACAAUGGAGUGAAUGGUGGGUUACCAUUGAUUCUUGCCGUGGUGCAACUCGGGUUGGCUAUCGUGGCUGCGUUACUUUUCGCUAUUAUCCCUUCUGGGCGAAUGUUUGGGGACAGAGUAGCGAGCAAGUCUCGAAAGUAUCUCGCCAGUCAGACGUUCACUGCCAGUUAUCCCACCCUCGGUCGAAAUGCUCGUUUGACGUCUGUUGCGCUCUGGGUCCUCAUCUUUGGAUGCAAGUUUGUGGAGUCAUACUUCUUCCUUACCGGAUCGUUCAAGUAUCCGAUUCAGGUUAUGGUUGGAAUGAGGGUUCAGGGGUGCACGACCAAGUAUCUCGGUUCGGGACUUUGCAAGAAUCAGGUCGCGUUCACACUCGCGAUCAUGUACGUGAUGGACCUCAUACUCUUUUUCCUGGAUACUUUCUUGUGGUAUGUCAUUUGGAGUACGGUUUUCAGCAUUGCGCGGUCAUUCUCUCUGGGGUUGUCGAUUUGGACGCCUUGGAAUAAGAUAUACUCAAGGUUGCCAAAAAGAAUCUACUCAAAGCUCUUGGCUACUGGUGAUAUGGAGGUCAAGUACAAGCCUAAGGUUCUUGUUUCUCAAGUUUGGAAUGCCGUCAUCAUCUCUAUGUACCGAGAGCAUCUGCUGUCCAUCGACCAUGUGCAGAAGUUGCUCUAUCAUCAAGUACAGUCUGAUGCCAGUGAUCGCAGGGCACUACGCGCUCCGCCAUUUUUCCUGGCUCAGGGUGAUUCAAAGAUGGCUGGCGAAUUUUUCCCACCUGGACGAAGCGAGGCUGAACGACGAAUAUCCUUCUUUGCCCAAUCGCUCACUACCGUUAUGCCCCAACCUCUUCCUGUUGAUGCCAUGCCGACUUUCACCGUCCUGACCCCUCAUUACGGCGAGAAGGUUAUUUUGUCACUCCGUGAGAUUAUUCGCGAGCAAGACCAGAACACGCGGGUGACACUUCUGGAGUACUUGAAGCAACUACAUCCCAUCGAGUGGGAUAAUUUCGUUAAGGACACAAAGAUCCUUUCGGAGGAAGCGGCGAUGUAUAACGGCAAUGGCAACGGUGCUAAUGGGAAUCCUUUCAACCCUGAUGAGAAGGCGAGCAAGGUGGACGAUAUUCCUUUCUACACUAUUGGUUUCAAAAGUGCGGCACCCGAGUACACCCUUCGUACCCGAAUUUGGGCUUCCCUCCGUGCUCAGACUCUUUAUCGCACAGUGUCUGGCAUGAUGAAUUACUCCAAGGCAAUCAAGCUUCUUUACCGUGUCGAGAAUCCGGAAGUCGUCCAGCUGUUUGGCGGAAAUGCCGAAAAACUCGAACGCGAGUUGGAACGGAUGGCCCGUAGGAAAUUCAAGUUUGUCGUCUCCAUGCAGCGCUAUUCCAAGUUCAAUCAGGAAGAACAUGAGAACGCCGAGUUCCUUCUUCGUGCUUAUCCCGACCUUCAGAUUGCCUACCUGGAUGAGGAGCCUUCAAAAGAGGGUGGCGAGCCCCGUCUUUUCUCAGCUUUGAUUGACGGGCACUCUGAAUUCAUUCCCGAGACGGGUCGAAGGAAGCCGAAGUUCCGGAUCGAGCUCCCUGGCAACCCAAUUUUAGGAGACGGGAAGUCUGACAACCAGAAUCAAGCGGUCAUCUUCUACAGAGGCGAAUAUCUUCAGCUCAUUGAUGCCAAUCAGGAUAAUUAUCUCGAGGAAUGCAUCAAGAUUCGAAACGUUCUCGGAGAAUUCGAGGAGUUUGGUUCGUCGACGAAGAACCCAUAUUUGCAAUGGACGGACAAGGAGAUGACUCGUUCCCCUGUCGCUAUUGUUGGUGCACGGGAGUACGUCUUCUCGGAGAACAUCGGUAUUCUUGGUGAUUUGGCCGCUGGAAAAGAACAGACUUUCGGUACCUUGACCGCUCGCCACCUUGCUUGGAUCGGUGGCAAACUCCACUAUGGUCACCCGGAUUUCUUGAAUGGGACUUUCAUGAACACGCGUGGGGGUGUGUCCAAGGCGCAAAAGGGUUUGCAUCUUAACGAGGAUAUUUUCGCUGGUAUGAACGCGUUUGGUCGCGGUGGCCGUAUCAAACAUUCGGAAUAUUACCAAUGCGGUAAAGGUCGCGACCUUGGAUUCGGUACUAUCUUGAACUUCCAGACGAAGAUUGGGACUGGUAUGGGAGAACAGAUGUUGAGUCGCGAGUACUACUACUUGGGCAGUCAGCUGCCUAUCGACCGAUUCUUGACGUUCUAUUAUGCGCACCCUGGUUUCCACAUUAACAACAUCCUCGUCAUCUUGUCUGUUCAGUUGUUCAUGGUUUGCUUGGUGUUCUUGGGAACACUCAACAAGUCUCUGUUGAUUUGCACAUUUGAUACGAACAAUCCAAGCAAUCGCGGGACGGCUGGUUGUUACAAUUUGGUCCCUGUCUUUGACUGGAUUCGACGCUGUAUCAUCAGUAUUUUCCUCGUGUUUGCUAUUGCAUUCUUGCCAUUGUUCUUGCAAGAACUCACGGAACGUGGUACUGGUCGUGCUCUCAUGCGUCUCGGCAAGCAAUUUGGGUCACUUUCGCCGAUGUUUGAAGUGUUCUCCACCCAAAUUUAUACCCAUUCAAUUUUAUCGAACUUGACCUUUGGUGGGGCUCGAUAUAUUGCCACCGGCCGAGGAUUCGCUACCACCAGGAUAUCGUUCAGUAUCCUUUACUCGCGUUUCGCAGGUCCAAGUAUCUACUUGGGCAUGAGGACUCUGAUUCUGCUUCUAUAUGCCACCCUCGCAAUAUGGUUGCCCCACCUUAUUUACUUCUGGGUGACUGUGCUCGCUUUGUGCAUCGCCCCAUUCCUCUUCAAUCCUCAUCAAUUCUCCUUCGCCGAUUACAUCAUUGAUUACCGGGAGUUCCUUCGAUGGAUGUGUCGCGGCAACUCGAGAUUCCACCCGAAUUCUUGGAUCGGAUAUUGUCGUCUGUCAAGAACAAAUAUCACUGGUUAUAAAAGGAAGCGUCUGGGACACCCUUCGGAAAAGCUGUCCGCAGAUGUGCCUAGGGCGACGUGGCGAACCGUCCUCAUGUCUGAGAUCAUCUUCCCUAUCUGCCUCGCGACCCUCUUCGUCAUCGCGUAUGUCUUCGUCAAGUCCUUCCCUGGUAAGAAUGACAGCGUUCGGGCUUCACCUCUUAUCCGCAUUGCCGUUAUUGCUCUUGGCCCCAUCCUUUGGAAUGCCGCUGUCUUGAUCAUCAUGUUCAUGGUUUCAGUUUUCAUGGGUCCCAUCCUCUCUGGUUGUUGUGUAUCAUUUGGUUCGGUGAUGGCAUUCAUCGCCCACUCCCUAGCCCUUCUCGGGAUGGUUGGAUUUUUCGAGCUCUUGUGGUUCCUUGAGCUUUGGGAUGUCUCUCAUGCGGUACUGGGGCUCAUCGCAACGAUCUUCGUGCAGCGCGCCGUACAUAAAUUCCUAAUCGCCGUCUGCUUGUCUCGUGAAUACAAGCACGACGAGACCAACAGAGCAUGGUGGACUGGUAAGUGGUACGGUCGUGGCCUAUCCCAUGCUUGGUCGCAGCCAGCCCGCGAGUUCAUCGUGAAGGUCGUCGAGAUGUCACUAUGGAGUGGAGAUUUCUUGCUUGGUCACUUCAUUCUCCUCCUGAUGACACCAAUCAUUUGCAUACCAUAUAUUGACAAGCUUCACGCAACCCUCUGGCUUGCUCCUUCGAAGCAAAUCCGAGCGCCACUGUACCACGUGAAACAAAAGAGACAACGGAGGGCAAUUGUUACCAAAUACGGCAUCAUAUAUGCGCUGGUGAUGGCAAUCUUUGUUACGCUGAUCGCGAUCCCCGCGGCCUUCCGAACAAGGCUGCACAUUCACUGUUCCCUUUGUAAAUCAUUAUAG